AUGAACAACACUUCACUUCCCCUCAGGCCCACAGUCCCCAGCUCGGACAACACAAGUGGUAUGGAAGCUUACCUACAAAAACUGGCACACUUUGACGAGGGGCUCUACAGGGACUUCUACAGCCUUUGGCUUUCAUUGAUGGUCUUCAACUCUCUCAUUUUUAUGGUGGGAAUGGUACUCAAUUUGCUGGCGCUGUAUGUCUUCUGUUUCCGCACUAAACCAAAGACCACCUCAGUGAUUUACACCAUCAACCUGGCAGUGACGGACCUGUUGGUGAAUCUUUCUCUGCCGACUCGAAUCCUUCUGUACUACAGCGGAGGAACUUGUGUCACCUGUUCAUACCUGCACAUCUUCAGCUACUUUGUAAACAUGUACUGCAGCAUCCUGUUCCUCACCUGCAUCUGUGUGGACCGAUACCUGGCCAUAGUGCAGGUGGAAGCUUCCCGCCGUUGGAGGAACUCCAAUGUAGCAAAGUGUGUGUGCGUUUCUGUGUGGCUGUUCGCCAUCGUUGUCACCUAUUCCUUCCUCUCCACGGCUUUCCAGCACACGGGCUGCUGCCUGUCCAAGCUUCUCUUCCUCACCAUCACUGAGUUUUUUCUGCCGCUCAUCGUCAUAGUGGUUUUCACAUUGAGGAUCAUGUGGGCACUUGCAGACAGACGCCUGAUGCAACAGAGCAGGAAGAGGAGAAGAAAGGCUGUCCAGCUUCUUACAACAGUGCUCAUCAUCUUCACCAUUUGCUUUACUCCCUUCCAUAUAAGACAGGUGGUCGUGUACUUCUACCCUGAUCUGCCUCACAAUGCCAUCGCCUACCACUUAACCGUGACUCUCAGCAGUUUGAAUAGCUGUCUGGAUCCUGUUGUAUACUGUUUUGUGACAAACAAUUUCCAGGCAACAAUGAGGCAGAUUUUCCGGCGUGCAGAUGCAGAGCAGACCAGUGGUGACAUCAUCAGCAUGCAGCACAGCUCCAAGGCUUCAGGGGAGACAGCAAAUGGCAUCACUAAUAAUGCAACCAUGAUGACUAGGAGUCCUCCACCAUUGCACAGAGAAGAAAAAGGUCACUCACCCUGA